GACAGCUCGCUGGAGCUGCGUUUCCAAAGGAGGAAAAAAAACAAAAAAGCUCAGCUCAGUUUUCUUUUUUCUUCCUUUUUUUCCCGCCCUCAUUCUCUUUGACGACAGUGAUAAAGAAAGCAGUUCAACCACGGGCCUGUUUUUGGAAUAAGAGAAGCAUUGCUGUUUUCUGACUUUGAGAGAAGAGAGAAGAGACUCCUCUGGAAUUUCCUAAGGAAUGUACACGGACGGCUCCGUUAUCGGGGCUUUGCAUUCUGCCGCCUGCGUGUAGGCUAUAAUGAUGCCAACUUUUCCACACUAGGGAAAUUCUGGGGAGUUCUGUUCUUUCAUCACUCUGGUCCGAGGCAGCGAUUGCAAUUAAUUAUUCCAAACAGGUGGGGGCAAAGGGCGGCACUAAUUUGAGUGGCGCGUCGGCGAGGUGAACCUGCAGCAGCGGGCAGCAUGCUGGCACUUGCGUGAGCACCAAAGCCUCGUGUCAUGAUCUCUUUCCUGAGAUGUCAACCACAGGAUGAGGCCUGAGCCAGGUCUCAGGAGAGAGAAUGUUCCAUGACUUUCACACCUUCGACCUCAAGCUCUUGAACUGUUGGAAAAGCUGCUUGAGUGCUGAAAGGCUGUGAAUACCCUGCAUCUGAGAAAUCAGACCAGACUGACUCACAGGGCUCUGUGAGCCAGUGCCACCGAGGCUGCCAAAGCAUGCUGGUGCCAAGCUGUCCCACCAUGCACAGAGCCAGACCCACGCUGCUGCUGCCGCUGCUGCUUGUCCAGGGUCUGCUCCUCCACCUCGCCGACGCUCAAACACCACCAAAGUUUUUAAGAACCCCCAAUGACCAAACAGGCGUGCAGGGAGGUGUGGCAUCCUUCAUCUGCCAAGCCACAGGAGAUCCACGGCCGAAGAUCGUGUGGAACAAGAAGGGGAAGAAAGUCAGCAACCAGAGAUUUGAGGUGAUUGAGUUCGACGACGGCUCUGGAUCAGUGCUAAGAAUUCAGCCUUUGCGCACGCCCCGAGACGAAGCCAUAUACGAAUGCGUCGCCUCCAACAGUGUUGGAGAGACGAGCGCUACCACGAGACUCACAGUUUUACGUGAGGACCAGCUGCCCCCUGGUUUCCCCACCAUAGACAUGGGCCCACAGUUGAAAGUGGUGGAGCGAACACGCACCGCCACAAUGCUCUGUGCUGCCAGUGGCAACCCAGACCCAGACAUCUCCUGGUUCAAAGACUUCCUCCCCGUCAACACCUCCAGCAACAAUGGACGCAUUAAACAGCUCAGAUCAGGUGGUACACCAAUAAGAGGAGCCCUCCAGAUAGAGCAGAGUGAAGAGUCCGACCAGGGGAAGUAUGAAUGUGUGGCAACCAACAACGAUGGAACCCGUUACUCUGCCCCGGCAAAUCUUUACGUCAGAGUACGCCGGGUGCCACCUCGAUUCUCCAUUCCACCGACAGACAAUGAGAUCAUGCCGGGCGGCAGUGUAAAUAUCACUUGUGUGGCAGUCGGCUCUCCCAUGCCGUAUGUGAAAUGGAUGCUGGGUGCCGAGGACCUCACUCCAGAGGACGACAUGCCCAUCGGACGGAACGUUUUGGAGCUCACGGACGUUCGCCAGUCAGCCAAUUACACAUGUGUGGCCAUGUCGACUCUUGGGGUGAUAGAGGCUGUAGCCCAGAUUACAGUAAAAGCUUUGCCCAAGGCUCCUGGCAUUCCUGUGGUGACGGAGCGCACGGCCACCAGCAUCACGUUGACCUGGGACUCUGGAAACCCCGAACCCGUGUCCUACUACAUCAUCCAACACAAGUCCAAGUACUCAGAGGACGUGUACAAGGAGAUCGACGGCGUGGCCACCACCAGGUACAGCGUGGGCGGCCUCAGCCCGUACUCAGACUACGAGUUCAGAGUGGUGGCGGUGAACAACAUCGGCCGAGGGCCGCCCAGCGAGGGCAUCGAAGCUAAAACAGCCGAACAAGCGCCGAGCACGGCGCCCAGGCAGGUCCGAGGUCACAUGAUGAGCGCCACCACGGCUGUUAUCCAGUGGGAUGAACCCGAGGAGGCCAACGGGCAGAUCAUGGGGUACAGGGUCUACUACACCAUGGACUCCACCCAGCACGUCAACGUCUGGGAGAAGCAGAUCGUCCGGGGGUCUAACUUCGUCACCAUCCAGAGCCUCAUCCCUAACAGGACGUACUACAUCAAGGUCUUGGCCUACACCUCAGUAGGAGACGGACCUCUUUCUCCAGACCUGCAGAUCAUUGCUAAGACUGGAGUUCCUUCCCAACCAACUGACUUCAAAGGAGAGGCCAAAUCAGAAACAAGCAUUUUGCUUUCAUGGAACGCUCCUCUUCAGACGGGACAAGAAAAUCAAGUCACUGGAUAUGAGCUCAUGUACAGAAAGAGAGAUGAAAAAGAAGAGAAACAAAUCAGCUUUGAGCCGACAACAACGUACCUACUGAAGGACUUGAAGCCCUUCACUACUUAUACUUUUCGGCUGGCAGCCCGUAGUAAACACGGAGUGGGAGCUUACACCAGCGAGAUCUCCGCGGAAACUCCACAGACACAACCCGCGGGCCCACCUCAGGAAGUCACGUGUUCUAGCCCCAGCUCCACCAACAUCCUGGUAAGUUGGCGGCCUCCCCCUGCGGAUUUACAAAAUGGGAUCAUAACGCAGUACGCCAUCCACUACACUCCGACUGAAGGGGAGGACACUGCUACUCGUCAAAUCGCCAGAAUUCCUCCGGAAAGCUUCCAGUACCUUUUGGAAAACUUGGAAAAAUGGACAGAGUACCGUGUGACAGUCACUGCUCACACAGAUGUUGGAGCAGGACCGGAGAGCCUGCCACAGAUCAUCCGCACAGAGGAGGAUGUUCCUAGCGGGCCACCUCGUAAAGUUGAGGUGGAGGCUGUCAACUCCUCAUCAAUUAAAGUGAUCUGGCGUUCACCGGUGCCCACCAAGCAGCACGGUCAGAUCCGAGGAUACCAGGUGCACUAUGUCAAGAUGGUUAAUGGGGAGCCCACAGGACAGCCAGUCAUCAAGGACAUCCUGAUUGAUGAUGCACAGUGGGAAUACGAUGAUUCAACCGAACAUGAAAUGAUCAUCACAGAGCUGCAGGCUGAGACCACGUACUCGGUCACAGUGGGAGCCUACACCACAAAGGGUGACGGCGCACGCAGCAAGCCCAAACUCGCCACCACCACUGGUGCAGUUCCAGAGAAACCUCGGCUUAUGGUCAGUACAACCAACAUGGGCACGGCUCUGCUCCAGUGGCACCCCCCAGCAAUAACCCACGGGCCCCUGCAAGGCUACCGCCUUCGCUUCGGCCGCAAGGAUGUGGAUCCGCUGACCGUCAUAGAGUUCCCGGAGCGGGAGAACCACUACACAACCAAAGAGAUUCAUAAGGGAGCCUCGUACACUUUUCGCCUUUCGGCACGCAACAAGGUGGGCUUCGGCGAAGAGACGGUCAAAGAAGUGACCACAAACGAGGAUGUUCCUAGUGGCUAUCCUCAGAACAUUAGAGCAGAGGGGGCCACCACCUCCACCAUUCAGGUCAGCUGGCAACCUGUUUUACUGGCAGAGCGAAAUGGCAAAAUAGUCAAAUACGCUCUGCAGUAUAAAGACAUCAAUAGCCCACGCAGUCCCUCCGAACUCUUCAUCACCGCCCCGGAGUCAACAGUCAUCCUGGAUGGCCUUAGGGCAGACACCACUUAUGAUAUUAAAAUGUGUGCCUUCACCAGCAAGGGCUCUGGUCCCUAUAGCCCAAGUGUCCAAUUCAGGACACAGCCCGUUGAUCAAGCAGUGUUUGCAAAAAAUUUCCACGUGAAAGCUGCUAUGAAGUCAUCCGUGUUACUGACGUGGGAAAUUCCAGAGACCUACAACCCAGCGCAACCUUUCACCAUCCUCUAUGAUAACGGACAAAGCGUGGAGGUGGAUGGGAGGUUAACACAGAAGUUAAUCACUGGCCUUCAACCGGAGACGCAGUACUCUUUCCUUUUGACCAACCGAGGCAACAGCGCCGGAGGUUUGCAGCAUCGCGUGUCCGCCAUGACGGCCCCAGACGUCCUCCGCACCAAGCCCUACCUGAUUGACAAAACCAACUCGGACGGCAUGGUGACCGUGGAGCUGCCGUCGGUGCAGACCUCUGAGAGAGUGAGGGGUUAUUACAUUGUUGUAGUACCUCUGAAGAAGCAGCGUACUGGGAAGUUUUUCAAACCCUGGGACAGCCCCGAUGAGAUGAACAUGGAGGAGCUGCUGAAAGAGAUAAACCGGACGAGCAGGGGCCUUCGGUUCCAGAGGCACGUCGACCCUAAAGCCUAUAUCACCGCGUACCUCAAAGACCUGCCCAAAGAGUUCACCCUCGGAGAUGGCAAGAUCUACGGGGACUUCGAAAACAAGCAACUCCUGAACGGCCAGGAAUACACCUUCUUUGUGCUCGCUGUUCUGGAAAUGUCUGAAAAUAUCAUGUACGCCACCAGCCCUUACUCGGACACCGUGGUUUCCGCCGGCAUCGACCCUCAGCCAAUCAUCGAUGAGGAGGAGGGCCUCAUCUGGGUGGUGGGCCCCGUGCUCGCCGUUGUUUUCAUCAUAUGCAUCGUCAUUGCCAUCCUCCUUUAUAAGAGAAAAAGAGCAGAAUCCGAAGCUAGAAAGGGUAGUCUCCCCAACAGCAAAGAAAUGCCGCUUCAUCAUCCCACCGACCCCGUCGAGCUCCGUCGUCUCAACUUCCAAACGCCCGGUUCAGGUGCGCCCAGUCACCCCAGUAACCUCCAUUUGUCAAGUAUGGCCAGCCACCCUCCCAUCCCCAUCAUGGACCUCACAGAUCAUCUGGAGCGCCUGAAAGCCAACGACAACCUCAAGUUUUCCCAGGAAUAUGAGUCCAUUGACCCUGGUCAGCAGUUCACAUGGGAGCAUUCCAACCUGGAGGUCAAUAAACCAAAGAACAGAUAUGCCAACGUGAUUGCCUACGACCACUCCAGAGUCCUACUCUCCGGUAUCGAUGGAAUCCCAGGGAGUGACUACAUCAAUGCCAACUACAUUGAUGGCUACAGGAAGCAGAACGCCUACAUCGCCACCCAAGGCGCUCUCCCAGAGACAUUCGGGGAGUUCUGGAGGAUGAUCUGGGAGCAGAGGAGCGCCAUCAUUGUUAUGAUGACCAAACUGGAGGAGAGAUCCAGGGUAAAAUGUGAUCAAUACUGGCCAACUAGAGGGACAGAGACGUACGGUCUCAUCCAAGUAACCCUGCUAGACACAGUAGAGCUGGCCACAUACUGUGUCAGGACAUUUGCACUUUUUAAAAACGGCUCCAGUGAGAAGAGAGAGGUGAGGCAGUUCCAGUUCACUGCGUGGCCAGACCACGGGGUACCGGAGCACCCCACUCCUUUCCUGGCCUUCCUGAGACGGGUGAAAGCGUGCAAUCCUCCAGACGCAGGGCCCAUGGUGGUGCACUGCAGCGCGGGGGUGGGUCGCACAGGCUGCUUCAUCGUGAUCGAUGCCAUGCUGGAACGCAACAAGCAUGAGAAGACUGUGGAUAUCUACGGGCACGUGACGCUAAUGCGUGCCCAGCGCAACUACAUGGUGCAGACAGAGGACCAGUACGUCUUCAUACACGACGCGCUCCUGGAGGCCGUCAACUGUGGCACCACCGAAGUGCCCGCCAGAAACCUCUACGCUUACAUCCAGAAACUGACUCAGAUAGAAGGCGGGGAGAACGUCACUGGCAUGGAGCUUGAGUUCAAGCGUUUAGCUAACACUAAAGCCCACACCUCACGAUUCAUCAGUGCCAACCUCCCCUGCAACAAGUUCAAGAACCGCCUUGUUAACAUAAUGCCAUACGAGUCUACACGAGUGUGUCUUCAGCCCAUCCGAGGAGUUGAGGGCUCCGAUUACAUCAAUGCCAGUUUCAUUGAUGGGUACAGGCAACAGAAAGCUUACAUUGCAACACAGGGACCACUGGCAGAGACCACAGAGGACUUCUGGAGAAUGCUCUGGGAGCACAAUUCCACUAUCGUCGUCAUGCUCACCAAGCUUAGAGAAAUGGGCAGGGAAAAAUGCCACCAGUACUGGCCAGCUGAGAGGUCGGCCAGAUACCAGUACUUUGUGGUGGACCCCAUGGCCGAGUACAACAUGCCCCAGUAUAUCCUGAGAGAAUUCAAAGUGACUGAUGCCAGGGAUGGACAGUCACGAACAGUAAGGCAGUUUCAGUUCACAGACUGGCCUGAACAAGGAGUGCCAAAAUCAGGAGAGGGUUUCAUCGACUUCAUCGGCCAAGUACAUAAAACAAAAGAGCAGUUUGGACAAGAUGGUCCGAUCUCUGUCCACUGUAGUGCGGGAGUUGGUAGAACUGGAGUUUUCAUCACCCUCAGCAUCGUCUUGGAACGAAUGAGAUACGAGGGCGUAGUAGACAUAUUUCAGACGGUGAAAAUGCUACGGACGCAAAGACCAGCGAUGGUGCAGACGGAGGAUCAAUACCAGUUCUGUUACCGAGCUGGAUUGGAGUACUUGGGAAGCUUUGAUCACUAUGCAACGUAAACGACCCAGUGUUGGAAGAUAAAAGCAGAGGGCCUUUUUGGAAAAAUAAAUCCCAGUGAGCCUCUCUUCUGAGCCAUAAAUUCUUGCUUGAGAAAGUACUCUUUAACUCCUUGCUAACAACUCAUUAAGUGUUGGAUGUGCGACAUGACUUGUCAAAAAAUGAAAAAAAGAUGAUUCCCAGAGGACCAAGUAUUUUCCAACCCUAUUAAAACCUUGCCUUGACACGGAGUGAGGGAAUCCUGACUGUUGAAGCAUCAUGUGGAAUUACCUUUUCUUUUGCUUCAAGGAUUCAUUUUGGGGUUCGUCAAAUCAACACGACAAAGCGUAAAUGAACAAUAGUGGCAUUGCCUGAAAGGCAUCAGUGAUUAUGAACCAUUACGAGAGGCAUCAGAGGCACACGUGACUUUGGGGAGGGGGAAAAACUUAAUGCACAUUGUAAAAAAAAAAAAAAAAAAAAAUCCGUUUCACAAUCAAGUUCACACAGACAACCCAUCGCAAAAGAAGACGAUGCUUGUUCCACAAGAGCAGGACAGACUUAAAGUAAUAACAAAUAAAUCCCCCUUUUCCUGUCACAAUGUUCAUUACCUAAAUUUGGGGGAGAGGGUAAAGUUAAAUAACAUAGAAAUUAUGAAAAAAAAAAUAUUGAUUUAGUUUUUUAGUACUUUAUUAUACAGCUGAUGUGCUUUUUUUGAACGGUGUGAAUUUCCUUUUUUUACACAUUAUCAUCACUUGGGGGGGAAAAGUGAUAAAACGUAAUUGUGUUUUUGGCAUUUUUGUUUGUUUGUUUUUAAAGCUGUCGAACUGUUCUAGCGUAUGGGCUGUUUUGCAGAGAAUCUCUCUGCUUUUUUUUUUUUUUUUUUCAUUUUUGAUUGUUUUCCCUCAUUUCGUUGCACUUGGUGCACAGAACAAAAAUUCACAGUACUAAAAGGUAAUUUAGUUCAAGAGUUUUCUGGUUUUGAGUUCUUUAUUUUAUUUCAUGUCCAUGAUCACAUACGUGGUGACUUUAUUACUCCCAUUAGAUAAACUGGGGCUUCGUGGAAUCAACAGGGAUGAGCAAAGUAUGAAGUUGCUGCUACCGAUUAUCUUAGUUCUUCCAUGUUAAAGUGAUGAUGAGAGAACCUGAUGAGAUUGAUGAGAUUAUAUGAAUAGAGAAAUGUAUGGUACAUAUUGUCAAAUGAAUGUGAAAUAUGUAAAUUAAAGUAUAAAUAUAACAUUCUAAAUAUAGAUAAAGUACAUAAUUUAUGAGUAAAAGGUAUAUUAAAUAUGGAUUCUCUUUGAAAGCUUUCAUAACGAGGGUUGUGUGCUGUGGGGAAAUGAAGAGAUUUUUCACUGGAAUGCACAUCAGUAGGACAAAACUGUAUUCUGAUUCAGUGCAUCUUUUCUCGUGCAAUAAUUGUGUGUUUUUUCGUAGAGUUUUACGUGGAUAUGUCACUCACCCAUGACAUGAUUAUCCCUCCCCACCACCAGGUGCCAGUCUCACCGUCACUGGUGCAUUUUUUUUUUGUUUUCCUCCCAAGUUCUCAUACAGUUUCUAAUUCGAGGCAGAGGGGUCACACAGCUCCACACAAUAGGGCAAGGUACGAAGACGUCACUUUCUGUUGGUUCUUCAAAGCAUUCGGUGGUAAUGACACUUCUGUUUCAUUUUGCAUUUAGAGUGCCUUAUAUUUAUGCCUGUUUUUAUAAUGUUUCAUUUAGCAUUAAUGUAUCCUUCAAGUAAUCUAGGCAUUUAUUGUCAGUGUAAGUGUAUAGUUUAUUUACGUCCAGUAUUCAUAUGUUACAUGAUGAGAUUAUAUAUGCAAAUAAGAACAUUUCAAGGUCUUUCUUUUUCAUUUUCAGUGGCCUUACAGUGGCUGGGUGAAUUCGAACAAAAACAGUUUAUACAUCGCAGACUACUACAGAAAACCGUCCAGAUGGCAAACAACGAUACUUCAUACAAGUACAUUUUUCAGACGGUGACAGGGACUUUAGGAUGCUGGCCUCAGUAUCGGUUCAUGAACACUAGCCCAAAAAAGUAAAAAAAAAAAAAAAAAAGAAGCUUUUAACCAAUUACUCCCAGAAUAUUGUUUAAUAAAAAAGGUAAAAAUAGCAAACUCAGAUUAUAAAACUGAUUUGCAUGAUGCACAGGUCAUCACCGAAGGGUUUCAUUUUCACACCUUUUGACUCGUGUCACGUAGGGCAGAUGUAUAGAAAAAUAUCCGUUCUCUUAUCCCGACAAUCCUAAACAGGGUGCCAUGCCCCCCUUCCUCCACAUUUUUUUUAAAGUUUUGUUUUUUUGCAUCUUAUAUGUUUGAGGUUUAAAUUACAUUUUCUUCCCGCCCUCAUCUUGAGCAGCAUUUCUACUUUGUACCCUCUCUGAUGGCUUCGUGGAUGUGCAUUCCAGGUGCUUUCUUUCCCUUAUUAACUCAAGCAGCUGUGGGUUUCUUCUACUGUCCACUGCUUUUCCUGAUUACGUUUGUCAUUGUUUUGAGAUAUAAAAGUGCUAUUAUUUAACUUAAUGGUGACUAAUGUGACAUUAUGUUCGAGUCUCAGAACAUGUUUAUUUUCUCAUCUGAUUUUUUUUUUCUUUAAAUUGAUUUUUCAUAUGCAUGGUAAAUCAUCGCAGAGUGGCCGAAUCUGGCCUGGUAGGAAGAUUUGCACUUUCUCUAUCUUUGUACUAUGCACUGCCCUAUUGAUUCUAAACCCUAUGAUAUAUUACUUGAACCCAUCUAUUAAAAAAAAAAAAGCUCAAAUGUUCACCUUAUGUGUAUGUAAAUAACACAAAAAAAGGCAUCGAACCCUUUGAAAAAUAAAAAAAAACAAGUAUGUGGCGAAAAAGAGCAUCCGUUCUGAUGCCAUGGUUACUCCAGCAGAUGACUUCAGAGGAAUCUGUCCCCCAACCAUCUGUUCUCGUGGCUUUGCCAUUCAAGCUUGGAGUGUCAUUUACAGAAAUAAACGUUGUGUUCUCUGCUCUCUCUAUCUAUCUCUCGUCUGGAUGCAUAGACUGAAAACUAAAUAAUAAAAUUGUAAAAAAAGAAGAAAAAAAAGAAAGAAAAA